AUGGCUAUGGACUUCGAACCUUCACGUUCAUUACCAAGAUGUCGUUUCGGACAACUAUCUAAAAAUAUGUUCUUUACAAGACAUGUUGCACAACCGAGAUUUUUACGAUUUAUAACAGGGGCUUCUGGUCAAAGAGUAUGUCAUGUUCGAGAACAACCACUAGCUCUACCAAUUAGUACGACGGGUGAUUUAACAAAAUCAUUAAUGUCUGAUCCACGUUUUUGCAUUGAUUUUGCACCACAAUCUUACAAUGAAACAUUGUUACGAUCUUAUGCAAAUAAAAUUGAACCAAAAAAACGUCGUGAACGUUUACUUCCUCCUAUGCCAGGUUGGAAUCCAACUGGAACGGUAAAAUUUUCUAUUAGAAUAAUUGCUAAUGAUUCUAGUUUAAUUGUUUAUUCUUUUUUUCUUUUAGUCGUAGACACGGAUAAUUGGAGACGUGAAUUAGCACGUAUUGCUGAAAUGGUUGGUUUUGUAACAUCGGAUGAUCUAGUUGAACUAGAAAAUCGAAAAGAAACACCUGUGACACUACCACAAAUAUCAGCAACAACACCAGCACCAGCGCCAAUAACACCGCUACCAACAUCUGCUAGUAAAAGACCGAAGAGUUCUGGUCAGUAUAGUCGACAAUCAGGUCGAUGGAAUGAAACACCGAAAUCUGCAAAUCGUAUUCGAUCAGCAGCAGGCCGACGUACACCUUUUAAGUCUUAUUUACCUAAUCAUCUAGUUUGUGUUGAUGACCAAGAACGUGAAAUGUGGAUGAUUCAAGUACUUAGUCAAAUAUUAAAAACGGACAAUAUCAGUGAAAUACAAUCAUGGCUUGUCUCUUCCGGUCCUAAUGAAAAAGAAGCUGUACGUCAACUUAUCACGGCAGCAAUCAAAGGACUUGAAGAGAAUGGACGAAUUCAAACUCAAGAUCGUUUAAACGGCAAUGUUAAAGCAAUUCAAGUAAAUAUGGAUUCGUUUGGCUCGUUAUUAGCAAAUAGAUUUCCUCAUGUAUCGUCAAUGGUGAUAAUAGUUCCACCGAAUGGAAAUCCAUCCAGACCUUUGUCUCGUCCUCGCACAGCUCCUGCAACGCAAGCAACUGCUGCACAAUCCAAAGCAGAUUUUCAUAGUAAAUCAGCAGGAGGAUUUCAAAAUAAUCUUGAAACAACCGAUGAAAAUUCUGAAUUAAUGUUAACGAUGACGGAGUCAAUCGUACUCGAACCAACGCCAGUUGAUGUUAAAUGUGACAUUCAAAUUCUUACAUUAGAUGAUAAUGAUAAUGGUAAUAAAAGUCAACCCACUAUCAUUGAAGAAAAUGAAAAAACGCCAUUUUAA